GUGUCGUUCGUCACGUUAGCGGGUCCGGAUGGCGGAGAUGUCGGAGCAGCAGGCGCUGCGCGAAGCGGCGGAACUGUUGGAGGAGGCUGCCGCGCGGAACCCGGACUUCUAGCGGAGGCUGCGCGAGGAGAUCGGAAGAGUCCGGCUGAACAGCGGCGGGCGCCAGAGUCGGGCCACCCAGACGGCGGGCCCCAUCGUCGACGUCGGGGUGCAGGCGAGCCCAGCGACGACCGAGCGGGCCGUCCAGACGGACGCGCCGGAGGAGGAGGCGCGUCCGGUCCAGGGCACCGAGCGGGCCGUGCAAACCGACGCGCCGGAGGAGGAGGCACGUCCCGUCCCGAGCUCCAGGCGGGCCGCGUCGCCCGACACGCCGAGGGCAAGCGGGGGCAGCGCCAUGGCGCGGGCACACAGCCCUCAAUGGGUCCACCGCCCCUACCCGGGCUGUUGGAAUUGCGAGGCGCGCGGGCACUAUUAUAG